AUGCAGCCCCGACGUUGGCUGAUCGUUGUGGAAAGCAUUGCGCUAAAGCUUGUGUUCGGAAUUUUGCCGUUAAAUUUCGAUUGUCGAAGCAAACGGUUUAGGAAGCGGUUAGCAAAUGUAAUGUUCUGCGUCGUGUUCUUGGUGCUGUUUGCCGUUCUGGGACCGUUCGUUUGUGUUGCGCUGUACACAAACAACUUGAGCGCGGAAAAUUCAAUCACCAAGCUGCUUGGCGCUGUUCAGUUUACGUUCAUUUACCUCGUUAUAUUGGUAGUGCAGGUUAUGUUUAUUGUGAAGAAGGAAACCCUGUACGGGCUGUUGAAUGAAAUGUUUGAACUCAAGCACGAUUUGGAAACGGCGCAGAGUCGCACGCUGUCGGGGUUCAGUAUGUACUCGCUGAUGUUCUUGAAAAUCCUACUACUGGAUUUCACUGUCUCACUGUCAUCGCUCGUUUCGUUUGAGGAAGAUAUCCCCAAACUUGCCCUGAGUUCGGUGCUGUUUUACGCCAUGAUGCACUUCGUGUCGAUAAUCGAAAAUUUAAUCCUACUCGGGCUGGCGAUCUGUGGCACGAUGCAAGUGAUGAUAAAUACAAUUGUGAAGCAGUUGGCCCGUCGCCCGAUAUGGUCGAAGCAGGCGUCGGCACCGAGUUUGGUGCAAAUGUACAUGGCACAUUGUAGAAACGAGGAAAUAGUGAAGAAAUUCAUGGACACCCUGAACUUCCCAACGCUGAUGCUAACCGGGUGGUACUUUUUCAUGAUCAUUUUCGCGGUCUACUACAUGUACGUGUAUGCGUUUGAAGCAUCCGAACGGGGCAUGAAAUGGGAUGAGGUUAAAGCAUGUAUGGUUCCCUUCAUAUACUUGCUGUAUCAGUGCGUACAGCUGUAUCUGCUCAUGUUGGUGCCCUCGGUGUACACCGAUCGGGCUAAAAAGAUGAUGCGACUACUAAAUCUGGUCUGCGCCAACCAGCCUCACCACCACGCUCGUCAGGAUCGUUUGAUCGAGCUGCUCAUGGUGGACUGUUUGCAGCGUAAUUAUUCCAUCAGCAACUACGGCAUGUACGCCAUCAAUCGGGCCCUCUUGUUUGGGAUGAUAGCAACGAUAACCAGUUAUCUGAUCAUACUCAUACAGUUCCAUAUUCAGGAAUAUAAAUAA